AUGUACUGUAGCGACAUCCAGCUUGCAUUUGUUGCAGGAUCGAAAGCGGCCAAAGGACAGCUUUCCGUACGAACUUUUAUGCCCCCAUCACCCACAUUAAGCUAUACGAUCCGCAACCUCGAAAACGUGUCCGCAAGCUCCACACUGUGGAUGAAUACGGAUAUGUUCCACUGGUUCGUCUACCUCUGCCAUGGUAGAGUGAUGAAUGCUUCGCUGGUAAAGUACCUACGGACCGAGCAUGCAAAAGUGCAACCACCACCUACCGUAUCGCCAACGCACCCGCAAGCCGGUAUCGACGCUCCCGAGCUACCCCUGCGGAUCCCGCUUGCCCGAUACACGGGCACAUUCCCCAGGCUCACAACUCGACCAUACCCCAAGCUCGAAACCUAUCCUCACGAAAUGCCCGCCUACGAGCCGCCCAUGAUCAGCCACGAGAGGAGGACGCUCUGGGUACGGAAGGCCAAACCCGGCUUCCAAGAUAGCGAGAAGCUGUACCAAAAGUACUGGUACGACUACAAUACCGUCACCAUUCCCCUCCGAGGCAUGGAUGACUUCUUCGCCGACGCCAUCACCGCCGCCUCACUCGCCCAAGACCGCGAUCAUCUUGAGACGCUUCUUGCCGACCAACGCGAGGCCCGCUGGAAGGAGUUGAAAGAAGCCACCCGCGACAUCGCCCUGGCGACUAUUUAUCGCACUCAAAACUGGCCCUCGCGAGUCGUCAACAAUGCAGCCCUUGAUGCCGUUCGAACCGGCAGCUUAGGCAGCUUCCUACAGUUCAUUUCUUGUGCCAUGACCAGCUGGAAAGAUACGCAUUUGCGUAACAAGACCGACGAGACCAACGACAAGGCCCAGACCAGUCCCCAGAAGGAAAGUCCUGCCGGCAAUAUUAAUGGAAAUGAUCAUGUUCCCGGCCAAGACGACAACGAAGAUUAUGAGACCGAUUUUGAAGACGAGUAUGCGUACGACAAUAACCGCAUGUCCCCAACCGACUCCAUCGCCAAAAUGUUCGGUCAACAAGACGAUGCCUGGACCGCCCGCGCUAAGGCAGAUAGAGCGUUUAUGGUUGAGGAAGUGGACGGGACAUCGCCAGCACGACAAUUGGGGCAAGCCUCACCAGCAGGUACUGCACCGGUGAACGAAGUAGAAAGCCACGAGAACACAAGUGUUGCGGAGCAACUAUCUGACGCGUUCCAGAAGAACAAUGCGCCAGCGUUGAGUACAUGGCCACAAGCAGCGCCGACGGGCGGCACUUCGCCGAGAGAUACCUCCGACAGCGCAACCUCGGGCCCAUCAUGUACCAAGACCACUCCACCACAAACAUCACCUAACAUCUUCAACGCCGAAGCAGCCGAUGAAACGCGACGAUCUACAGAGGCAAUAUUGCCUCCUGAUGACGGAGCACAACCCGGCGGCCAUGCAAGAAGAAACAGCUCUGCGGCAGGCUCUGUUUCGGCCAGGAAAUGA